AUGUCCGCAACCUUCAGUCAAGGAAGCAACCUCGACCAAAGACAAUGGUGUGUCGCCUCGACCGUCAAGACGCAGAUUUACCUUCCGGACAGAACAUUCUCUCAGCAGGCUUCUCGCCCAGCGUCCAGACGAGGCUAUACCAAAGCCUUACUGAUCUCAGCCCACCAGAAGGUAUGGCCGCAGCACUGGGCGUCUUCCACAAUGACAGCUCGAGUGUAG